AAGCCAUGCGUCAUCUAAACAAAGGCCUGUUCAGUGUAACAUAGAUAUACAUGUAGCUAUAUGUACACAUAUAUAAAUUAUUUUAUGUAUUUUGGUUUGUUUUACUUUUUAUUAACGAUGAAUCUUAACGUGCACAUUCUUUUCACCUUGAGAUGUGUUAGUAUUGCGAGACAAUGAAAUUUCGCCAUAUCAGUAUUAUAUUAUAUAUAUAUGUAUAUAUAUAAUUAUUAUACAUAGAUAUGACGUGAUUCAACAAUGAUAAGUCACUCGUGAAAUAUAUCAUAUAACUGGAACAGUCCACAAUGUCGUCCGUUUGCUAAGAACGUAUUUAUGAGAAAAUUUUCUUUGACAAAUAUAUUAAAUGUAACAUUACUUUGCUAUUACAAUGCUAAACUUUAAAUAAAACUGUAAAUGUUCCUUCGAGUGUAAUGCAGUUUCAAAGUAUUUUCAGUUUAUUGAAAUUGUUAUGAUCUGCAAUGAUGAGUCUCUUUUUUAAUAAAAAUAUAAAAAAAAUGUAUUGUUACAUCGAGUACAUAUAUAUUUAAAUCUACGAACACAGAGAAUGAUGAGUAUUAAAAUUUUGCUUCAUCGAUAUAUUUCAAACGUAGUUAUCACGAUCGUCUUCGGGUUGGCCCACCUGUUUGGAGCAGGUAAUACACAUGCUAAUGGGGACUUACGGGAUGAUUUGAAUAACGUGCAUUACAACGAAAAUUUCAUAUUAGCAGCUCUGUUUUCUCUUGUACUUUGAAAACAUUGAUUCGAAAACUUUUUAAUUUGAAAAAAUGGUGAGGACAAAGGCAGACCGCGUACCAGGCAAAGCCGUUGGCGCCAAAGCACCAGCUAAAUCCGUGAAAAGUACCCCCGUAAAAAAAGUGACAGGAACCAGUAAAGGAAAGAAUUAUUCGGGUGGUAAUCCAUAUCAUCCAAGGGACACACCUGAUUGGCAGAAACCAAUUACAUGUUUCCUUAAUCAAAAUUCUUCGAAAGAAGCUACAGAUUGUCCAGGACCACACGAAACUGAGGAUCAAAUUGCAAACGAAGAGGCAGGAAAUGAAUUGGAUUAAAUCCUUGAUGAUUAUAAUGUUUUUCAGCAGUGUAAUAUUAUUUCAUUGUUGUCUGUUGCUACAGUAAUUAUUUAUUUUUUAUAUGUAGCAUAAACGUAACUAAUUUAUAUUUUAUUAAUACACUAGAAAAACUUUUAAGUUUCCAAGUAUGUGAUAAAAAAUAAGAGAGAUAAGUUUACUACAUUUCAAUACCAGGAGUUUGAAAUAUGUUCAGUAUUAUAAGUAGACUGGCGGAUACUCGUGCAAAUAUAAACAUUUAUAUUCAUCUUUACAACAGUAUGAAUUAGAGAUAAUAAGUUAAUUUCGUUAGUAAACCCUUUAUUAGAUUCAAAGCUAUUAAAAAUGUUGUUAACUUUGUACGAAUUUUUCCAUAUUGUCUUUUACAACAUUAACAUACGUUAUAUCUGCAUAGAAUCCGCAAUUUAAUUAUAAGUAAUUUUCUAAGACUUUGAAGCUUUAAGAAUGUAAUAUAUUUCAAUAAAACUGAUGUAUCAUACGAAA